AUGUCAACAGAGCUCAGAUCAAAGGAUUUGUUAGAACUGUUCGUUAACUUUCUCUCUAGCCCUUCAUAUCCAUCUAUCUAUCUCUCUCUCUUUCUCUCUCUUUCUCUAUCUAUCUAUCUAUCUAUCUAUCUAUCUAUCUAUCUAUCUGUCUCUUUCUCUAGCAUACUGAACUUUGAAUCCCUACCAAGUGAUCUAUCUAUCUAUCUAUCUAUCUAUCUAUCUAUCUAUCUAUCUAUCUAUCUAUCUAUCUAUCCCAUUGUUUGUUCAGAUUUUGCAAGCAUAUUGUACUUUGAACCCCUGCUACGUCAUCUAUCUAUCUAUCUAUCUAUCUAUCUAUCUAUCUAUCUAUCUAUCUAUAAUAUUAAAACACUCAUUGUCUAUUCCUUUACUACCACUGCUGCUGCUGCUUCAUCUUCUUCUUCUUCUCCCCUUCCUUCCUCCUUCUUCUUCUUCUCCUCCUCCCCCUCAUUCUUUCUUUUCUUCUUCUCCCCUCUUCUUCUUCUUCUUCUUCUUCUUCUUCUUUUGGCUAUGAAUUACUGA